AUGCGCAGGCCCCCUCAGGACUUGAAAUCAUCUAGAGUAUGCCGACCCACUGCCCGGCGAACGCUCGCCUCACUACCGUUCACCACGCUCCAAGUCUGCCUAAUUAUGCCUGAAUGGGGAAAUGCUCAAAUUUGUACAGCCUCUGAGCUUCGACACGUGCGCAUCCAAUUUCACCCCAAGACUAGGCUAACUAGCAUUACCGGCGCAAUCGAGCGACUGUCACAGCCCUAUAAGCUCCAUCUUGCACCGCCACAACUCCGCCGCGAGCGGCAGCUGCUACCGGGUCGUCAUUGCAUAGCAAAAGCUUCGGCUGGGCCCAGACUCACAGGCUACAGCACUAUACACGCAUUAUGGCGAUGCUUUGCUGCAAAAUUUUGA